AAUAAUGAUAAGUAUAAAUUCAAUAAUGUACUAACACUAUUUAUUUUAACUAAUACUAAUCCAAUUGUUAUGUCACAUAUGAGAAUAAUAUAACCUAUACUGUUUAUUGAUUGAUAUGAUAGACGCAUGGGGAAGACAAUGUUACGCUGUUUGAGCUUGUAGUUUAUAUCGUGAUAUAAAUUACAAAUUAGUCGAUACCUGUCUCUAAAGUCAAAUACGCUUCGGGCGAAAUGUGAUGAACUAACUUAUGUCUUAAGAUAAUGAUCUAAACAACAAGUAUGACUAAUACGAUAUAAGUUCGAAGUUGAAAGAUUUGAACGCCAUCUGUAGUCUCUCUUUCGUACUACGCGUUUAGCGUCUUUAGUUCAAGGCGUGUCAUUUUUCUAUUUGUUUGAAUGUACGAAUUAUAUUAUUUUAUUCGUAAUGAGUUCGGAAAAUAUAAUUCGCUUGAUCACAGUUCUAUUUAUCUUAAUUUGCUGUAUUGAACAAGGUUUCUCAAUAAAAUGUUGGGUAUGCAGAUCCGACUCCGAUCCAAAAUGUGCAGAUCCUUUUGAUAAUUCUACAGUACCAAUCACAGAUUGUAAGCAAGAGCCAGAUUUAGAACAUUUACCAGGUGUACGACCAACCAUGUGUCGUAAAAUACGUCAGAAAGUCAAUGGGGAAUGGAGAUAUUUUCGCAGUUGUGCUUACAUGGGUGAGCCGGGAAUAGCGGGAGAUGAACGCUUUUGUCUUAUGAGAACCGGAACAUAUAACAUUUUUAUGGAAUAUUGUACUUGCAAUAGUAAGGAUGGCUGUAAUUCAGCAUAUAAGGAUCAUGGAAGUUUACUAUUACUCUUACUUACAAUGAUAAUUUCAUUAGAAUAUGUACUUCAUAUCUUUUAAAAAGCAUUGCCAAAAUUAAUGAAAAGAUCUGAAUUAUUAAGUAACAUAAAACUUUUACAAGUGCCUUUGUAACAUAAAUAAGUAAUUAGUACUUACGAGCAACGAUGAUGUAUCUGUUUAAAGAUUUACAAAGAGUUCGUGGCAUAAUAUCUCUUUAAAAUCUAUUAUUUCGUACACACAAUCUUUUUAUAAAUAUUUUAUACCAAAAAUGUUUUUAUAUUUUUUACAAAUAUUAUAAAUUAUACUUAAAACAUUGUUUUCCAUGUCAGUAUCAUUAGUACAAACAGUUCUAACAAGAUUAACGUAUAUCUGAUAUAAAAUCAGAAUAAUUUUAAUUAAGACUGUUAAUGCCGUCCAAAUAGAUGCAAAUUAACUUAGUAAUAUUGGAAACUGUGUGAAAGAUUUUUUUUAUUUAUAUAUAUAUAUAUAUAUAUAUAUAUAUAUUACAUUCCUUUAAGAAAGUUAUUUUCUUACAAGACUACCUGUAAUGCAUAUCACACUAGCAGUGUUGAUAAUAUUGUGUAAUAAUAAGCAGUUAAUAAUCCGUCCAAGAUUUAUAUCUAUUAAAUAUUUUAUAUCUCUGUAAUAGAAUGGAUAAUAAAACAAAGAUAAAAAGAAAUAAAAUACAUAGAAGAAAAUAUAUUAUUAACAAUAUAUCGAGUUUUAAAAUAAUUCUCUGCGCAAAUAUCGUGUAUUCCAAUAGUAAUAUUUCACCUUAAAAAAAUAAAACAAUAAAGAUAACAUAUAUUAUAAUAAAAUAAAUAUGAAAAUAGAAAGACGCUUAUUAUACAAUAUUACGUGAAAAAUACAUGUUCCGCGCGUUUUACAAGAUCAUAAAUAAUUAAUAUUUUUUUGGCAUUGUCAUUAGUCGUUACGAAUUCUAGAAUUAUAUUAAUUAUAUCAAUAUAAAAUAAAUAUGUGACAACAAUUUAUAUAAAAGUUUGAUUAUUAUACUUAAAGCUCGUUUCUCAUCGAUGAUUGAAAGUUAUGCUUAUGUUAAUGAUAUUGUGUUAAUAUUAUUUGUAUAGUAGUUCUUAUGCAGACAAAAGAUUUAAGAUAAUAAUUCAUAAUUUUCGGUCGAUUUUAUGUGAUUAUUAAUCGAAAAAUUAUUUAGUCGACACUUCGGUGAUUUGAUAUAAUACGAAAUACAUUUUUACUACAGUAAAAAAGUGAUUGUCAUAAAUGGCAGUCUGAUUGGACUAGUAUCGAUUAAAAAUAAUUAAAAAAAAAAGAAAAAAAAAAAAGAAUAUAUUUACAAAUG